UGUCUGAUCGCAGAUCGAAAGGGACGAGGAUGAUGAUGAUGAAGAAGAAGAAGAAGUAACAGAGAGAGAGGGGGGGUCUUGUUUUCUAGCAAGCGGAAAAGGCGUCACACCGGGAAAGAGAGAGAGAGGGAGAGACGGAGGGAGGAGGCAGCGGGUGGUAAACACGACAGAAAAACAGCGAAUAGCACGGCAGAAAGCGGCGAUCACCUCUUCCUCCUCCUCCUCCUCCUCCUCCUCCUCCUCCUCCUCCUCCUCCGCUCAUCUCUCCAUCUCCAUCAUUUUCUGCGCCGUUUGGAUCCUGAUAUUUGGGUUUUUUUUAUUUGGUGAAUCUCUCGGGGACGAAAACCUGCGCUCGUGCCCGCUGGUGGAGGAGAAAGCACCGGAGGAGGCUGUGCACAUCACCGACACCACCGGGCACCGACCACCGGGAACCGGGUCCGCCUGCACGUCCCGCUCGGGACCGAAUCGGUGGAUUGAAGCCGGGUUGUGGGGUGGGGGGGGGGGGGUGCACACUGUGAGAUGACUGUAGAGUAACCCGGCAGAGAGAGAGGGAGAGAGACAGAGAGAGAGACAGAGAGGGCGGGCGAGAGAGAGAGAGAGACCCCGGCUAUCAGCGCGAUGGCGUAGCGGCAUCUGCAUCAACCAGCAGAGUCUCCUCCACCAUGAAGCUCUGAUCGACAUCCGACACCGGCUCAGAUGGGAUGAAAAUGCGGCGUCACCGCGUGUUCCUGCUGUGCACGGUGGGGCUGUGCGUCAUCUCCUUCCUGCACUACUACAAGGCGCUGCACUACGUGUCCCUGCUGCGCGAGCUCUCCGCCCCCUACCCCAACAUCAAGUCCUUCAUCAUGGUGUCCGGCUACUUCUGGAGGGAGAAGGGGGCCGGCGCCACCUCGCUCAGCCCCGCCUCCCCCGAAGAGGCUCCUCCCCUUCCGAUCCUCCGCCCGUCGGACACCAACGGUCGAGCCGAGGGAGGAGGGGGAGGGGGAGGGGAGAUGGCGGGGGUCAUUGUUGGCGGCGAGGGGCUGGAGAUGAGGUUGAGGGAGGAGCCGGCGCCUCCUCACCCCUGGGAGAAACCGGAGGAGAACCAGCAGGGCGGCGCUCCGGAUGAGGUCGGAGACGAAGACCAGCUGAAGGAGCGAGACCCGGAGGUCCCGCCGGUGGGGGCCGAGCACCUGGACGCGCUGUACAAGCAUCCGCUGCCCGACCCCCUGGAGGCCAUGGGCGACCUGCACACCCGCCAGCACCUGCUCCCGGAGGACCGCACGCCCUACUUUGUGCGCACCAAAGCGGGAGCGCUGUGUUUCCGACAGGGCACGGAGGUGGCCGCCCAGAAGGAGUACUCGGGGAAGUUAGGAGGAGGAGGAGGAGGAGGAGGGGCCGGGCAGAGGAGACCCCUGGAGGUCCAGCUGAGGACCUCCGUCGCCCCGAAGGCCAAGGCCAGGUCCAGGGGGGUCGGCGUGGGCGGCGGCAAGCGGCUGGUGAAGUGCGUCUGCCGGCCCGGGUGGCACGGGCCGUACUGCGGCGUGCCCACCAUGGUGUACCACUCCAACCUGCCCACCAAGGAGCGGCUCACGCCACGGGAAACGCCGCGCAGGGUCGUCAACGCCAUCAACGUCAACCACGAGUUCGACCUGCUGCACGUGCGCUUCCACGAGCUGGCGCUGGCCGUGGACGUCUUCCUCAUCUGCGAAUCCAACUUCACCGCUUACGGAGAGCGGCGGCCCCUGAGCUUCCUGCGGCUCCUCCUCAACGGGACGUACGACUACGUCCGUCACAAGAUCCUCUACGUGUUCCUCGACCACUUCCCGGACGGCGGCCGGCAGGACGGCUGGAUCGCCGACGACUACCUGCGCACCUACCUGACACAGAACGGGCUGUCGCGGGUGACCGGCGCCCGGCCGGACGACGUCUUCGUCAUCAACGACGCCGACGAGAUCCCGGCGCGCGAGGGCCUCCUCUUCCUCAAGCUCUUCGACGGCUGGACGGAGCCCUUCGCCAUCCACAUGCGCAAGUCGCUCUACGGAUUCUUCUGGAAGCAGUUCGGCUCCCUGGAGGUGGUCUCCGGCUGCACGGUGGGGAUGCUGCGCGGCGUCUACGACGGCGACGGCAUCAAGCUCCGCCGCCGCGAGUACUACACCAUGCCGGGCUUCCGGCGCUACGAGAACGACACGGGCCACAUCCUGGUGCAGUGGUCCGUGGGGAGCCCCUUCCACUUCGCCGGGUGGCACUGCUCCUGGUGCUUCACGCCCGCCGGCAUCUACUUCAAGCUGGUGUCGGCGCAGAACGGAGACUUCCCGCGUUGGGGCGACUACGAGGACAAGCGGGACCUGAACUACAUCCGGGACCUGAUCCGGACCGGCGGCUGGUUCGACGGCUCGCUGCAGGAGUACCCGCCGGUGGACCCCAAGGAGCACAUGUACGCCCCCAGGUACAUGCUGGAGCACGCCGACAGGUACGGAUACCUCCUGGAGAACCCCUACAGCAGAGGCCUCGGCGAGGGCUAGGGGGGCCACAUCUCACUGGAGCGAGGCCACGCGGCGAAGAACCACAAAGGGAACACGUCAUGGAGACGACCACCGGACCGAAUCAUCCCUCGCUCCUUCC